AUGGACGACACCGAGCGACGCUCCGCCAAGCGCUCGCGAUUCGACCAAACCGAACCCGAGCCUCGCAAGGCUUCGAGAUUCGACCGCCGCUCUAGAUCGCCGCCUGGAAGACGUUCAGAGUCGGCAAGAGAGCGUAGCCCUCUUCCCAAUGACCAGGCGACAGAACCGAAGAAGUCGCCGGUAGAUGCCGCUGCUGCGGCUGCUGCCGCGGCCGCGCGAAUCAACGCGCAACUCCAAGCGAAGAAGGGCAUUCAGCAUGUCGACGUUCCCCCGAUCAAGACCGACACUUCUCCUACAGGUGGUGCCCAAUCGCCCGAUCCGGCCAACACGAUCAAUGGAGAGAUUUACAUCGCCGACGGCGACUUCAUCAAAGACAUUGAAGUCAACGACCUUCGUAACAGAUACCUCUUGACCAAGGGGUCGACUCAGAAGAUGAUCAAAGAAGAAACUGGUGCUGAUGUUACUACCCGAGGAAACUACUAUCCCGACAAGAGCAUGGCGACUGCGGCGAAUCCGCCUUUGUACUUGCAUGUCACAAGUACAUCCAAGACUGGACUUGAGCAGGCCGUGGCAAAGAUUGAGGAACUUAUGAAACAGGAACUUCCCGCGCUGGUAGAUGAGCGUCGUUUCCGUCGACGUGACCAGGAGCAGGUUGAGAGGGACGAAUAUGGCCGACGCAAAUGGCCCGAGGAGAAGAUCCCUAUCGGUUUGGAGUCCGUCCCCGGAUUCAACCUCCGCGCUCAAGUUGUUGGCCACGGCGGUGCCUACGUCAAGCACAUCCAGCAGGAGACUCAGUGUCGCGUCCAGAUCAAAGGACGUGGUUCCGGGUAUCUGGAGGCAGCCACCAAUCAUGAGAGUAACGAGGACAUGUAUCUUCACGUCGCCGGACCUGACCCUAAGAUGGUUGAGAAGGCCAAGGAGCUUUGCGAGGAUCUGAUUGCGAAUGUCAAAGAGCAGUACGAAGAGUUCAAGAGCAGACCUCCUCGUAGUUAUGGUGACCGUGGGGGCUAUGGCGACCGCUCGCGGGGGCACGAUGGCGGCCAUGGCGGAUAUGGAGGCCACGGUCACGGUGGUGAUCGCGGCGACCGCGGCGGCUAUAACUCCGGAUACGGAGGCCACGGCGGCCAUGGUGGUCACGGUGGUCACGGCGGCGGCGGCGGCGGCGGCGGCUAUGGCGGCCACAACGCUGGGCAAUCAGCAAGCCCUGCUCCUGCCGGCGGUUCUAACAGCCCUGCCGCUGGAGCCGACUACGCCGCUCAGUACGCACAGUACUACGGCAGUCAGGAUCCUUACGCUGCCUAUGGCGGAUAUGCCGCUUACGUUCAAAUGUACCAGCAGUACUAUGCUGCCGCACAAGCACAGCAGCAAGGCUCACCCGCGCCCCCGGGAGCAGCGGCAUCCCCUCCACCCCCGCCUCCCAGCGAGGCUGCUCCUCCUCCACCUCCUCCGAGCUCUGCUCCCCCUCCCCCUCCCUCAGGCGCGCCUCCAGGCACUGGAGGAGGCUACGGUGCUGUACCGCCCCCUCCUGGCCUUUAG